AUGUAUCGGAAGUUGUCUAAGUUAGAACACUCGGAAAUAAAACAACUUCUUACAGAAGCUAAUAUAGAUGUUGCAAAGCAUUACGCAACAAACAAAAAAGCACUCGCUGACUUCAUUAAAGACUAUAAUGGUGAAAUAACUUAUGAUAGAAUUCAUGAGUUCAUAAAGCCGCAACGCGGCGAGGACGAAGUCCAUGCAAGAGCAUUUCCUUUAAAUGACGUUGCUAUUGACUUAUAUCAUAGACGUUCAGUACCUCAUGAAGUAAGAAGAGAAAUGUUUGACAUAACAAAUGCGAACGUUGGUCAUACUCGUAAAGCUCUUUCGCAUGAUGUUCGUCAAGAGAUGUUUGAACUUACGAACUCAAACGUUGGUAAAACACGAAAGAGAGACGACACACUGAAACAACAGAGAAGAGAGAUGUUUAAAAGUGCUAUAGAACAAGUUCGCAAAGCUAACGAUGUCAUUCGUUCCAUUGACGACAAACCAAAAGAAGGUGAGAGAUGGUUAAAGAAAGAUGAAGAGAAUAGGAAGAGAAAUGUGAAGUCAGGCAAUAGACUCAUUGACUUUAACAUCGAAGCUUUAGAUGAACCAAACAGAGACUACUUACACAAACAUUUCGGUAAGGUUUUCAUGAGACUCUUAGAGAAAAUUAAAAUAAAUUCACAACAGAGAUGGAUGGUAUGUUAUAAACUUGGUGGAAAGUAUGAAUGUUCUACGUUAAACCUCAAUAAUAUUGGAACAUUACUACAUCAGCUCUUGAAGGAGAACUUUAUAUCAGAGAUAGAAGCAAAUGCUGCAGGUAUUGUUGAAAUGCACUAUGACUUCUUCUUGACAAACAUAAAGAAUCUUACUGAAAUAAAGAUGUAUGAUUUAACAGAAUAUGAAGGCUUAACGAUGUCAGAUGUAAAGAAAGGCAAACCAAAAAAGAGACCAUAUAGAGAUGAAAGCACACUGACAAAUGACCAGAAAGCCAUUUUGGAAGCUCUUAAGCAAACAGGAAACCCAGCACUUAUAGAAAGCUUUUGGAAAGAUAAUGGUGAAAAGAAGUUUUAUAAGAAGAGAAGCGGUCAGUUCUGGAAGUAUCUUUGCACAUUACCUAUAAAUCUUGAACGCUACCAAAUCUUCAAUGAAUUGAACAAAAGAACUGCAGCACUUAUGACAGAAGACAAUUGUUUCGUUUAUGCUUGCAUUCAGGCUGGA